CUGAUGAAAUCAGUCUAGCUGGAGCCUUGCUACCGUUCGGACCAGAUUCUUUUCGGAAUAUUUCAUCUAAAUUCUAGUGCCUUUUUCUUAAAAUUUUUCCCAAAAUGAAAACGCUGAACCUUUUGGCACCUGUUUCGCAAUUAGUUAAGCCCAUUCGAAGACAGAGUGCCUCGCGUGUCAACGCCCUUUUGAUAAAUGUUCCUAGAGUUCAGCUUUCUAGUGGCAAGAACAAGUACCUUUUGAUGGUGAUUCACAUGCACGGUUUAACGAGGUUCGGCAGGACUAUUGUUCGAGGAUCCACCUCCAAGGACCACGAGGAGAUUUUCGAGCAAAUUCAGAAGGAGAUGGACAAAAUUGGCAUAUGCACUAAAUGCCUGGGUGGAGGGUUCAUCAGCAACAAGGAGGAGAAGAAAGUAAUGAAAAUUUACGGGUGCUGCAAGACUUUUGGAGAGGCGCCGCACGGCAGGACGAAGGACAUCCUGCUGUCUUGGACGAAAUUCCAGCAUUACAAUAUCAUCUUGCCCAAAAAGAAUUUGAACGCGUAUCAAGAGUGACACAGUGAAGACGUUUUAAAGCUUGUUUAAUUUUUCAAAGCUGCCCUGUUGGCACUAUAUUUUAUUUAAAAAAAACAAAGUAAAUACAUGGCUAAAUAUCA